AUGAAGGCAUACCUCCAGGUUCUCAGCACCGGCACCGCCGACUGUCCACCUUCCGUCAUCCUCCACUUUGACUCGCAGCGAUACAUGAUCAACUGUGGAGAAGGAACUCAACGACUCUGCAUGCAGCAAAAGGUCCGCUUCUCAAAGCUCAAGACCAUCCUCUUCACUCGUACACACUGGGACUGCAUCGGAGGCGCACCAGGAAUGCUGUUGACGCUGUCGGAUGUGGGCAUCAGGAAUAUGAGGCUGUUGGGAGGCGAGAACUUGACCCACGCGAUCACUUCGACGCGCCACUUUGUCUACAGAAACACAAUGGCAGUCGAGACAGUCGAGUUCACAAAGGAUUCUGGAAACUACAAGGACGAGAACUUGCGCGUCACCGCCGUGCAGGUGCAUCCUGACAACUUUGAGCGCGGUUCGCCUUACGAAUGGCCAGCUCCACUUACACCUCCCAACCGAUCCAACUCUUCGUCCCCUUCGAACUCAGCUGCCGCAUCGCCUGUUCCAAAACAUCGAGACUCACCCGUUGCUGGAUCCAAAAGGAGCUCGGAUGAGCUUUCGCCAUCGACAUCGACCCCGGCCACGGCCGCUGAGGAUGAGCAGUCACCCAAAAGUGACAUGGAGAUCAGGAAGAUGAUUCUGGAGGGCAUGUUCAACUUGUCCAAGAGCAGUGGCAUCAACGCUCACCCUCUUGCCAACAAGAAGGUCAAGAGAGAUCCAAGGGCGCCUGCACCCCAAACAGAUGUUGACAUGAUUGAGGCCGCCCGAACGGCAGAGACCUCACACACCUGUGGCGGAGCACCUGUCAAACUAGUCAAUGGGCGUUUCAUGGAUUUGCCUAGGACGACCCCCAACACCUCCGCCAUCAGUUACAUUUGUCAGUCGGCAGACUAUGUCGGAAAGUUCAACAAGCAGGCCGCUGUCGCUCUCGGUGUCAAGCCAGGAAAGCUCUUUGGAGAACUCGUCAACGGCAAGUCGGUCAAGACAGAAUCAGGGGACACGGUCCAUCCACACCAGGUCAUCAGUGGUGGUCGCCCAGGAAGAGUUUUUAUGGUGAUUGACUGUCCUUCGACGGACUACGUCUCCGGCGUGGUCAAUGCAAAGGAUUUCGAGAGAUUCCAAGGAGCAGGAUCUGACAAUUUGACAGCAGCUUGUAUUGUUCACUUGGGUGGACACUCUGUUUUGAGCCAUCCCGAGUACAAGGCAUGGAUGCAGCGUUUUGGACCCGAGACCCAACAUAUCAUUGCCAACCAGGAAUACUGCUCUCAAAAGUUAAUCUGGAGAAGCCAAGCCCAGAGUUGCUACAAGUUGUCGGCACUGGACUCCAACAUCUUCCCCCUUCCUUACUACAACAACACACCUACCCACGUUCUUUCAACCGAUCUCCAGGGAUUGGGCGUGAAGGCGGAUUUGGCAGAGAACAUGAUGACAUACUUGCUCGAACCCUCUACUGGACUGGAGCGCUCAGAGGUGAUCCCUCCUUUGGAACUCUUCAAGGACCAUAGCUCAUUGAAGAACAGUCCAAAGGAUUACCUUCGUGAAUACUACAGUCUGGCUAUGAAGGCACAGGAAGAGAUUGCAAAGGAGAAGGCGUUUGGACCUACAGAGGUCCCAGGCAAGGAUGUCGUAUUGACCGCAUUGGGAACCGGAUCAUCGCAUCCAUCCAAGUACAGAAACGUGAGCGCUACGAUUGUGGAGACACCAAAACACGGCACAUUCUUACUGGAUACCGGCGAGGGUACCUACGGCCAGAUGUUCCGUCAGUUUGGAGGAUACAGGAUGUCAGCGGAUCAAGCCAACUCUGUCGACGACCGGAUCAAGAACCUGAAAGGAAUCUUUAUCUCGCACUUGCACGCCGAUCACCAUCUCGGCAUCGUUACCCUCAUUGACCGCUGGAACCAGUUUCGAACGGCAGACACAGACCCACUGUACUUGAUCGCGCCUUUGAAGUUCAACUCAUUUUUGCAGGAGCUUUCGGAUACACAAGAUUUUGGAUAUCAGAAUGUGCGUUACAUUCAGUCGGAAGAUAUCGUUCAUUGGCGUCAAUUGCAACACGAUUCUCGGUACCGAUCUGCUCGCUCUGCCUUGAUGAGCCUCUUUGAAACAUCAGGGUUCAAGGACAUUCAGACAGUCGAUGUAAUCCAUUGCCCGUGGGCGUACGGUAUCAGCAUGACCCACAAGGACGGCUGGAAGAUUGUAUACUCGGGAGAUACUCGACCUAGUCAGAACCUGGUUGAGGCUGGCCAGGGGGCUACGGUGCUGCUGCAUGAGGCGACGUUUGAGGAUGAUAUGGAGGAGGAGGCAUUGAAGAAGAGGCACUCGACGACCAAGGAGGCGAUCAUGGUAGGCGAGGGGAUGGGGGCGAAGCAUACUCUGCUGACACAUUUCAGUCAGCGGUACCCCAAGAUUCCCCGGUUCGACGCUGACGACAAGUCGACGAUUAUCGGUAUCUGCUUUGACCUGAUGAGUGUGAAGUUUGGGGAGAUUGAGCACUUGGCAAAGUUCUUGCCUGCCCUCGAGGUCCUCUACUCGCCCCAGAGUGAUGAGGCCAAGGAGGGUGAGGAGGAGGACAACGACGCUGAGCUCAAGGUUCUUCAAAAACAGAGUCAGUAA